AUUCUUUAACAGCUUCAGAGUUCAUGGUUGUGUUUUGAAGCUCAUGUGCGCAGUCUGAUCUGUGAGCCCCACACAGUGCUGCGAUGAACAGCUGUGGAAGACUAGGCCGUGUGUUUGACCGGAGCUCCGGCCUAAAUCUGUUUUUAUUACUGGCCAAACCUCGGAAAAACUGCCGCAAGUGUCCACAGAUUACACCGCCCCUCGGCCGGAGUCAGAGCACCGCCGCCAACCACACUCCAGGCCCUAACACCGGCGAGAAACCCCGGCUCAGAGCGGUUGACCUGGCCCGGAAGGUCCAGGGAGAGAAGGAGAAGCCCCAGGCGACAGUUCCUCCGAUGUCAGCGCAGCAGAGGAGGGUGAUGGAGCUGAAACGGUUCAGUGUGCAGUUGCAAAAUGUUCACCCCAAUGUGCUGGCCAAACACCUCCAUAGAAGCGUGCUGUACCAGGACAAGGAUGUAGUGAUCCUCAACAAACCCUACGGUGUCCCUGUGGCAGAUGACUCAGACGUCACAUCCAUCACCUCUGUGCUUCCUGUUCUCGCCAAAAUGAUGGCUGGGAUGAAGAUAAAGUCUGAUUUUCAGCUGCUCCCCUGUCUGGGUCUAGAAAAGGACUCAACAGGAGCUCUCCUGCUGGCCAGAAGGGAUGAAGUGGUGGAGCAUGUACUCGCUCUGAGUAGACAUAACAAAGUGGAGAGAAAGUACUGGGUCAUCACAGUUGGUGUUCCUGUGCCAUCUGAAGGACUGAUUGAUAUUCCCAUCAUAGAGAGAGAGAUCACAGGUCCUCAGCCCCACUACAAGAUGGCUCUGAGUCCUCUCUAUAGACUGAACAAUGAAGGUGAUGGUGUAACCAAAGUCCGAAGCCAUCGACAAGCUCAUCCAGCAGUGACCAAGUACAGAGUCCUGGACAGCAGCAGUGGUUGUAGCCUUGUGGAGCUCCAGCCUUAUACAGGAGUGAAACACCAAAUGAGGGUUCAUAUGGCAUUUGCUGUGGGAUGCCCCAUUCUUGGUGACCACAAAUAUUCCCACUGGAGCAAACUGGCACCCCAGAAAUUACCCGAACGUGUGUUGGGAAAGCUUGGUCUAGAACAGAGCAAAGUUCGGCACCUUCCUCUUCAUUUACAUGCGCGACAGCUCAUGCUGCCAGGAACCAGCCAAGCUGACAUCAACGUAUCCUCCCCGCUGCCUAAAUACUUCACCCAAACACUGAGUCGAUUGUAUUUAACACUCCCAAAUGAAAAAAAUACAUGAUCAUCUCUUUGCUUUGUUCAACUCAUUACGGUCCAAAUGUGGAAUAAAUUGCCAAGCUGUGUAAACUGUUGCACUAAUAUCAAAGCACAAAAGGCUCUGUGGAGAAAGUGGACAGAUGUGGAACUGAGCAUGACUGUACAGGGUUAAUUAUGAAAAAAUGAAUCUAUGGAACUGAAUAAGAACCAUUUCAAUAAAAUCCAAAUGCCAUCAUUAUUAAAGGCCCACAGCUAACCGUUGUA